AUGGACUCGCCCGCGUGGAUGUUCACAAAGGCGCUCAGCCAUAGACAAAAAGUAACCCGUCUCUACAAGCGUUGCCUUCGCGAAGUGGACAAUUGGUACGGAGGAAACAAUCUUGAAGUUCGUUUCCAAAAAUGCAUCAUCCGUGCUCGCUUCGAUGCAAACAAAGAUGAGAUCGACACUCGCAAGAGCCAGAUUCUUUUGGCCGACGGAUGUCGUCAAUUGUGGGAGAAGCGUCAUUUUAAACCAUUCCGUUUUGCUCUAGAUCCAGGAGGUUCCAGCUACGACCGUGAACGUGAAUCACCUGACGAGAUUGUCGAUUCUGAUCAAUGGACAUUGGCUGAACGUGAACAGUUCCCAUACUACUUCAAUACUCGUGAACAGAGAAAGAAGGAGUUGUUGGCUCAUUGGGCCAAGAUUGAAAAGGCUUGGGAUGAGGAAAUCGCUUCGAUUCAAACUCAAUUGCCGGCAGCUGCCCCAACCGUUUCGAAAUAA